CUAGGUUGUCGCCAUCGGUCGACCUUUCCCACUUACCAAUACCAAUGCCGGGGAAAGGAAAAAAAAAGAUUUCUAGCGUAGUCACUUUCAAUUUAUAUGUAGAGAGCAAAGACACAUCAUGUCGUUCCUUUUCGGAAAAGCAGACUCUUCUGCUGUUUCCAGAUCAGAGUCCGACAUGGCGACCCAGAACAUCCAGAUUCGAACGCCUGAAGAGGCAGCGGCGCGAAUUGCUUACCUUGCCAGCGACGUCAUUGUCUCAGUUCAACCCUCGCAAGGUCAGGACUCGGCAUUCUCAUCCCACCUUAAGAGAUAUGCUGCAAGAAAAGAUUCAAGCUUGGUCGCUAAGACCGAAGGUUCUGUGCCGGAGAUACAAACAGUCCGACACAACGUCGACCCUCUGCUCUCUGUCUUCGCUCCCAUCCGCUCCGGUCGCCUCACCUCCGUAACCACCACCUCAAACAUUCUCCUUGCUUCCAUUGCACACUUAUAUAAGCUAGCGAGCUAUCCAGUAGUCAUUCAUGUUUCUUUAUACCCAGCCAACUUCCCCGACUACUCUGCUAUUACCGCAAUUAGAAACUCGGGAUGGACUUUCAUCCAAUCCGAGUCUCUCCAGGAAGCCCAGGACAUGGCUAUUACAGCACAUGCUCUGGCAAUUCGAUCUGGGAAGGGUGUUAUUCAUUUUUUCGACCCGAGCUCCUGUACCCACGAUAAGCCGAUCGCGGCCGAGGAUGCGGCGUCAUUCCGCGAUCUAUUGAACUUAGACGAUGUUCGCCGCUACCAAGCUAGCUCGGUUUCGGAAACAGGCAUUUACGCCGACGACGGAAGAGUCGUCGUAGCUUCAGACCAUCCCGAGACGCGACCAAGUGCCACGGAGAAUAGUCUAGCGGACUCGACGAUACUUAGUGCGGCUUCGAAAGCGGCCUCGUCUGAAGCUUCAGACAAAUCUAGCCAACGAAGCAACUCAAGUGCCCCGCCAAGUGUGUCCUCAGCUACCACAAUCGAAGCUACCCCACCUCUUGUCACAUCUGAGGACGUUUACAAGUACGUAACCUCAAUAUGGGCACAGCUUAAGGCAACUACCGGUCGUAGUUACAACGCCUUCGAGUGGUCUGGUCCGGCAACCGCAGAGAAAGCCAUCUUCGUAUUCGGUUCCGACGCGGGCCUGUUCGCCGAAGCCCUUGAUGCAGCUAAGCCAGAAGAUAUCUACGCAAAGGCUGGAUUGAUCACGGCUAGGCUGUACCGCCCAUGGUUAGGCGCUAAACUCGUUGAAGCUAUCCCGAGAUCUGUGAAGCGCAUCGCUGUCCUAGAGCAGAUUUCGCGAAAGACGACAAAAUGGGGGCCUUUGUUAAUUGAUGUUCUAACCUCGGUUAAGAGCGGCUUUGGUGGCGUCGAGACCGUUGUAGGUCACCAAUUAGGGUAUAUAACUCCUGACACCAUCCACCAAGCUCUUAGAGGUAUCUUCCAGAACUUAGCUUCUGAAAAGCCUCUGCAAAACCUCGAAGUGGGGAAAACGGGCGUACCGCAAGACGCACAAACCUAUGGCUUAGAGCAGCCGAAAUUAGAGACCGCCUACACGAAAAUCCUAGACCAGCUGUUUGGCAAACAAGUCUACAUAGCAAACGCCCUUGGCUCCAAAACCGCGGGCGUUUCGUCUACAAUAGCAGCUAGCCCCGAAUUUGGAUUUGGUUCACUCCUCGCCCGAAAGGAACACCGCCAGAGAUUUGUCAAGCAGGUCAAGCAAGCCGCUAGCACUGGAUCUUUCGUUACCGAGUCACCCGUUAAUUGGCUGGCCAAAUGGGCGGCGAGCGCCGAGGAUGCUAAGGCGGCUGGCGAGAUCGCGGAUGAUGUAAUUGCCAGGCUUGAGACUGAUGGAUCUUCAAUUGCGCGAGACCUUCUGUCAAGCAAGGGCCUGUUCCGAAAGGAGUCAUUAUGGCUUGUUGGAUCCGAUGCUUGGGCAUAUGAUCUCGGUAACUCUGGUGUCCACCACGUCUUGGCUUCCGGUGAGAAUGUGAACAUGCUCAUAAUCGACUCGACGCCCUACUCCGAACGAGCUGCAGCGGAUGCUGAGAGGCGGAAGAAGGACAUCGGUCUAUAUGCUAUGAACUUCGGCAAUGCCUAUGUUGCGUCUACCGCAGUUUACAGUUCAUACACUCAGGUUCUCCAGGCCAUGCUUGAAGCGGACCAAUUCAAUGGCCCUUCUGUUGUCCUUGCUUAUCUACCGUACUUCGGUGAGCAGGAUUCUCCUUUGACCGUUUUGCAAGAAACGAAGAAGGCUGUCGAUCUCGGCUACUGGCCGCUCUACAGAUGGAAUCCGGAGAAUGAGACCAAAGGCGAACCCAACUUCUCCUUGGACUCCGAACGUGUCAAGAAUGAGCUCAAGGAAUUUUUGGAUAGGGACAACAAAUUGACCCAGCUGAUGCGACGCGAGCCAGUAUUUGCCGCAAGCCUUUCCCAAGAUUUUGGCACGGAGGUUCGCGCGCAACAAAAGCGAAAGGCUCGAGAUGCUUACAACCAGCUUCUGGAGGGUCUCUUUGGCGCGCCCCUUACAAUCCUGUUCGCCUCGGACAACGGAAACGCGCAGUCAUUAGCGAAGCGACUUGGAACAAGAGGACGUGCUCGAGGUCUGAAGACGAUCGUUAUGGCGAUGGAAGAUUACCCCGUUGAAGAUCUUCCAAAGGAGGAAAACAUCGUUCUCAUAACCUCUACUGCCGGCCAAGGAGAAUUCCCUCAAAAUGGCAAGCCUUUCUGGGAUGCUAUCAAGGAUAACACUGAUCUGGAUCUCGCAUCCGUCAACUAUUCAGUAUUCGGUCUCGGAGACAAGCAUUAUUGGCCGCGAAAAGAAGACAGGGUGUACUACAACAAGCCCGCGAAAGACCUCGACAUAUUACUAGCGAACUUUGGUGGUAAGCGUCUAUCCGAGGUUGGAUUGGGCGAUGACCAGGAUCCCGAUGGAUACCAAACUGGAUAUGCUCUCUGGGAACCUCAAAUCUGGCAAGCGCUCGGUGUAGCAAAUGUCGAGGGAUUGCCCGAGGAACCCCCACCGGUUACGAACGAGGAUAUUAAGUUGGCUUCAAACUACCUGAGGGGUACGAUCGUCGAAGGCCUAAAUGAUCCGACCACUGGGGCUAUCUCGGCCGCGGACCAGCAGCUCACGAAGUUCCACGGCACAUACAUGCAAGAUGACCGAGAUAUUCGUGACGAACGAAAAGCCCAAGGCCUAGAGCCUGCUUAUUCGUUCAUGAUCCGUUGUAGGUUGCCUGGUGGCGUAUCUACUCCGAAACAAUGGGUUCAAAUGGACGACAUCAGCACAAGUCUUGGCAACGAGACCAUGAAACUCACUACUAGGCAGACUUUCCAGUUCCAUGGUGUGGUCAAAGGAAAACUCAAGCCCGCGAUGCAAGCUAUCAACAGAGCGCUGAUGACUACCAUUGCCGCAUGUGGAGAUGUUAACAGAAACGUAAUGUGCAGUUCUCUUCCCACUCAGUCCCAGUACCAUAAGCAAGUGUGGGCUUCCUCGCAGAAGAUCAGUGACCACCUUCUACCGUCCACUACUGCGUACCACGAGAUUUGGCUCACAGAUGACAACAACGAGAAGACACAAGUUGCCGGUAAUGCUGUGCAGGAUUUCGAACCUCUUUACGGACCCACCUAUCUACCCCGGAAGUUUAAGAUCACGAUCGCCAUUCCUCCACACAAUGAUACGGAUGUAUACGCUCACGACGUCGGUCUAAUCGCCAUUAAGGGUGACGAUGGUCAACUAGCAGGAUUCAACGUUCUUGCUGGAGGUGGUAUGGGUGCGACGCAUAAUAACAAGAAGACAUAUCCUCAGACCGGUCGCAUGAUGGGCUUCGUUAAGACUGAAGAGGUUCAUAUCGCCUGCGAGAAGAUCAUGCUUGUACAGCGAGACCAUGGCGACCGUAAGAACCGGAAGCACGCUCGACUAAAGUACACUAUUGACGACAUGGGUGUUGACAUUUUCCGCUCUAAGGUUGAGGCGCUAUGGGGUAAAUCGUUUGAACCGGAACGUCCAUUCCAGUUCGAGAGUAACAUCGACACCUUCGGUUGGCAAAAGGACGAGACUGGUAUGAACCACUUUACAUUUUUCAUCGAGAACGGCCGAAUCGAGAACACAGCCGACUUCCAGAUGAAGACCGGUCUACGCGAGAUCGCCAAGGUCCACAAAGGCGAGUUUAGGUUAACAGGAAAUCAACAUUUGAUCCUCAGCAAUGUGGCAGAUGAGGAUCUCCCACAAAUGAAAGAAUUGAUGAAGAAGUACAAGCUCGACAAUGUUCAGUUCUCGGGCAUGCGCCUCAGCUCUUCGGCCUGUGUUGCUUUUCCUACGUGUGGUUUAGCUAUGGCCGAGAGUGAGCGUUACUUGCCCGAGCUUAUCUCCAAGCUGGAGGGAUGCCUCGAGGAGAACGGGCUCGGCAAGGAAUCAAUUGUUAUGCGCAUGACAGGAUGCCCGAACGGCUGCGCGCGUCCUUGGCUAGCGGAAGUUGCCUUUGUCGGCAAGGCUUAUGGUGCCUACAACAUGUAUCUUGGCGGUGGAUACCAUGGCCAACGGCUAAACAAGCUUUACCGAUCUAGCAUCAAGGAGGACGAAAUCUUGGCUAUAAUGAAGCCCUUGCUAAAACGAUACUCCUUGGAAAGAGAAGAAGGAGAGCACUUUGGAGACUUCUGCAUUCGAGUAGGCGUCAUUGCUGCCACUAAUGGGGGACAGGAUUUCCACAACAAUACCGGCGAAGAGGAAUUUGAGGACGAAUGAUCUCUUGAAUUACUUAGAGCAUUGAAGCAUGGACCAUUUAAGCAUCGCAUGAGGAAUCGGUGUUUGAGGAGUUAUACAUACUUGUCGAUUAAUGUACAAAUGAUCUUGACCUUAUUUAAAAUAGCAUAUUCACUGUAGCAAUCUGAAUUGAGAUGAUACCUUGUCAA